AUGCGGCACUUCAUCUUCAUCACCAAACCCUCAAAAAGGGUUUCCGCGAAGCACAGACAAAAGUCCCUUUUGGGAGUGGGCCAGUACGUGGCGCUGAUGAACUCGACGACGCAAGUUAAUGGACUGUCUCCUUUGGAGGUGAAGUUGGGAGACGAUCCCGAUCCCGAGAAAGACGACGAAGACGCGGAGGGGCUCAAGGCCAGCAGCAGCAGCCAGCAGCGGCAGCAGCUCGAGCUGCAGCAGCAGCAGCUCCAGCUGCAGCAGCAGCAGCUCCAGCUCCAGCUCGCUGCAGCAGCAGCAGCAGCAACACACCCCCAGACUCGUCAGCAUCCGCAGAAGCUACACGGGACCCGUCGCAGCUAA